CCCCCUGAUGCUAGAAUUGAUUGCUAGGCCCCAGGUUCAAAUAGGAACGAAAGUGAGUCGAGGCAGAAUAUGAUGUAAAGUAGCUUCAGAUCGUUUGUAUAGUUGGGAGAGAGCUUGGGAUUCCCCAGGUCCAUUCAGACUGGCCUGGGAGGCCUGUCCUGUGAGUGUAGCCCAGAAAGCUGCAUGCUAAUCGGUUGUCCCCUUUGUAAUGAAAAACUGUUCACUGAAAGAGAAUUGUCAGAAUGGGCCUGACAAGAUUCUAGUGUUGUUAACCAACUAAUAGGGAGAGAGAGAAUGGUUGAUAACAACAGUAAUAGCUAUUAUUUAUUAAGCAACUACCACGUGGCAGGGUGCUAGGUAUUUUACUUAUAUUUUCUGUAUGUCAUAUAACCACCCUUCGAAGUUGUUACUGUUACUCUACUGGUCAUAGUGAGGUAAUUUUUAUUACUCAUAGUGAGGUAAUUUUCCUACUGUUAAAUAGGUAGUACUGAGAUGAGAACCCAGAUUGAUUCUGUGUGCAAGUCCCCUACUGCACUUUAGCUGGGAGAUUAGAACAUUCUAGUGAUAGCUUCUAAGAAAAAAUGGGAGCUCUAGACUAGGGGCAAAAGACCUCUUCUUCAACUUUAUAUCCCUUCUGCAUCUUUAUUAAGCAGAAAAUCUUUACAGUGAAAUGGGCCUGUGAGUUUAUCUUUAAGAGGAAGAGAGAAAUGAGUGAGGAGGAAAGAUUGAUUCAGGCAGAAGAUAUUUCACCAUCUCAUUUAGCCAGUCCUGAAGACCAGAAGCCUCAAUGGAUAGAAAAAGUGGCAGUUGCUUAAAAGGAGUUUUCAAAACAAAAAUAGAGUUGCAAUCUUGGCAGAACUGGACAAAGAGAAAAGAAAAUUACUAAUGCAGAACCAAUCUUCAACAAAUCAUCCUGGAGCGAGCAUUGCGCUUUCGAGACCCUCUCUUAAUAAGGACUUCCGGGAUCAUGCUGAGCAGCAGCAUAUUGCAGCCCAACAGAAGGCAGCUUUGCAGCACGCACACGCACAUUCAUCUGGAUACUUCAUAACUCAAGACUCUGCAUUUGGGAAUCUUAUUCUUCCUGUUUUACCUCGCCUUGACCCAGAAUGAAGAAAAUAUUUGUACUGAAAGUGCCUUUAAUAUCAAAUGCCAAAGCUACUAUCAUUCAGUGCUGCGUGAACUGUGACUUGCAGAAUUUUGGUGAACUUUUCUAUUUUUUGCUUCUUUAAAAGAAAGGUAGGUGUAAGUGAAAGAAAAAAAGGAGGGUAACCCGGAUGAUGAGAGCUUUGGAAAUUGUUUUAUCCGAGAAACCGAUUAUGCUGCCAGGACUGUAACUGCUUGUCACGCAGUUUGAUUUUUCACCCUGAAUCAGACUCUGCAUCAGACGGCACGCCACUCACCCCCAGCCCCCAACUAGUCGGACUGAGUAUAUCAUGUUCAUAGUGGACUUUCAAGGGCCAUUUGUGGUACUUUAGAGAAACAAGGGUGCUUUUUAAAAACGUGAACUAAUAGGCUUAAGUAAGUUGCAUUUGUGUUCGCUGUUUAUGGAACUGAUGUCAGUGCACCUUUUCAGUUUAUGGGCAAUGUGUCAUCCUGAAAUAUCCUUUAACUCAUAGCUGGUUCCCCUAUUCUCAAUUUUAAAAGAAAAGAUAAGACUAAGUUACCAACCAGUCUUAAACAUUUUUUAUAAACCUAUGCCACUAUAAAUUAUGUGACUAAAUGCUGUUAAAAAAAAUGAUAAGAAAUGUAAUGGUUUUAAAAUUUGUACACGCUCUUAUUUAGUGUUACUGCAUAAAUGGUGUGCCUGCAUGGUCGCAUUGUCCGUUUUUGUUCUAAUUAGAAAUGUAUGCAAGUUGAGCCCCUUUUUAAUUAUUUCAAGGAAGAAGGAGUUAGAUUAAGCCAAUUUCUCAACAUGCCACAUCUUUAACAGAAUUUGGGCUUCUAACUUAAAUAUGCAGUUCUCACUACCUUAGCCUAAUCCAACAGAGUUAGAAUCUCUAAUUCAAAAUAAAGUCGGAAAACCAUGGGUUAGAGAAUUCAGUUUUCGUGAUAGGUAUUUAUAAACUCAUAGAUUAGUAGGUCUCUGGAACUUAGAGGUCGUUUAGCUAAAAUCCUACCUUUUUUAAAUUUUUCACUAGGACUGAAAUUAUAUUUUACACUAUAUCACAGAUAUAGUAUUUUAUAUAACUACUUGUAACUGACCUCAUCUUGGCCUUGAGUCCCACCCAGUCCUCUCUGCCGGUAGGAUGAAAUUUAAACUUAAAAUUCCAGUUUGGGUCAAUAUUUAGUCCAAAUUCAUCUCCCUUUUCAGAGUGUCCUCUCCCUCCUUCCCUACAUAUUGGCACCAGCCACGCAGCCUCAUCUUACCCAAACUCUGUGAAGCAGGAGGAGUCACAAUCCUCAUCUAUGCACUCACAAUCCUCUAAUCUAUGAACAAUCUAGACUUGCCUUUGCCAUUUGGAUUCUCUCUUGAGAAUCUGAACUGAUUUUCUUCAGUUGGGUGAGUUGGCAGCUGUCCCUGUUGUAAUGGUCACCAUUACAGUAAAGGUGCCCCUACUCCUGCUGCUGAGGAGCUCCCCAGGGGCCCCUGGGUCCCGGCCUGCCUCAGCUCCAUCCAGCUAUUCCCUGGGCCUCCUAAUAAGUGGCCCUCAUUUUCCUGAAUUAAUUUGACUAAGUUUCUAUUCUGUGUGAUCCUUGACCCACUGGCAUGCUUCUAAAUCUAUCUACUGAUGCUAGGGAGAUAAAAAAAUUUGGAUUGUAUAAUUUUUAUACUAUUGAACCCUCUACCUGAUUUAUGACUUAUAACCUAGGUAAAGAGAUCUUUUUUCCCAGUGGUAUCUUUGCUAGUCUCUUAGCCUGAUAAAUAGAUGUGGCCUAAAUCCUGCAGUCCUGGCUAGUGAGCACUUCCUCCCACUCCUUUCCUUUGAGUCACUUAUAAAUUCAGUUCAAUUCCAUGUAUAUGGAUUACUAUCUACUCUGUAAAGUGCGUUAGGGGCAAAGAUGAGGGACACCUGCUCUUCAGGCAGUCGCAGUGCGGAGCAGCCUCCUCUGGUAGUGACAGAGGACGCCAGGCUGCAGGGAGUGGGAGGGGACAGGCAUCCUGGAGCGUGGAGCAGUCUAGAUGGGCCUAGAAGUAUCGGUAUGAUGUUACCUGGCAAGAGGGAAGAGCCGCUCCAGGCAAAGGUCAGGAUUUCAUAAUCAAAGAGAAGCAGGAACCAAGACAAUUGUGGGGCCUGCAGGGAAUAACGGCAAGGGCAGCAGUGGACUCAGAAGCCCCAGGUGAAGUUCCAGCACGCUUCCCUUGGGUUGCAGGUGAAUUUGGCGUGCUCCCUCAGCCUCUCUGUACAUGUCGUCCCAUCUCGUCUGUAAAAUAGGAACACUCUGCCUAUUUCAUAAAUUGUCUAGACCAGGAUUUUUCAAAGUGCAGAUCUCAACCCAUUACUGAAUAGAGAAGCCAACUGAAUGGCUUAAUGGUGUGUGACUAGCUUUUUUUUUUUUUUAAUAAAAUAGAAAACAGCGUGCGUGGCAUGUAGUAACAGGAGGUUUUGUUUCAUGAAUCUUCUGUUUGUGUGUUUUACCUAUUGUGUUCAUUGUGUGCUCCACCAGUGUGUAAGGUCCUUGAAGACAGGGAUUUUGGUUUCCCUUCUCCCCUCCCUGCCUUCCUCUUUGUUCACUACUGUAUUCUGCUUAGAAUAGUAUUUGGCGUAUAGUAGGGGUCAGUACCUACUUACUGAAGGAACGACUGAAUGAAUAAAUAUGACCCGGAUCAUGAUGUAAAGGGUUUUUUUUUUUUUACUGUGAGUCAUGGCAAAAAAGUUUUGAAAGCCACUGGUAAAUGAUACAGAUGAUAGUGCUUUGUAUGAUUCUGGAAUAAAAACUGAAAUGACUCAA